AUGAUGUCGUUGAGCUCGCUUCAGGAAGAGGACUUGGACGAGAUCUGUAUCGAUUUCCCAUCGGAUGUCUGGCACAAUAACGACUCACGACGGCACAGUCGAACGCUUACAGGAGGAGUUCGAGAGCAGCUACACUCUGGAAUAAAAAUGGGCCGUCGAAGUUAUUCCCAACCUGAAAUCCAUGUGGUCACUGAGUCAUUCGUCAGGCCCGACGAG